CUCUCUCCACAGCCGCGAUUAAGCUAGCAGGUUAGCCAUGUCAGGUGUCGAGGAGACUUCAAAUGAGCCUCUAGAAGUUAAAGAAGACCAGGAGUUUGAUUUGGAGGCUGAGGACAACCUUGGGGAGGAUUAUGUCGUUGAUCCGACCCGAUAUAUGUUUUUCAGGGACAGAAAGGAGUGGGCUGACCUGGAGCCAGUCCCCCAGGACGAUGGACCAAAUCCUGUGGUCAAGAUCGCCUACUCUGAGAAGUUCUCAGAUGUUUAUGAUUAUUUCCGUGCACUCCUAAAGAACGAUGAGAGAAGUGAUCGGGCUUUCGCUUUGACAGCAGACGCCAUCGAGCUGAAUGCUGCAAACUACACAGUCUGGCACUACAGGCGAGUACUUCUUCAAGCUCUGUCCAAGGACCUGAGGGAGGAGAUGAGGUACAUUACCGCCAUCAUCGAGGAGCAACCCAAAAACUAUCAAGUCUGGCACCACAGACGUAUGGUGGUGGAGUGGUUGAAUGACCCCUCGGAGGAACUGGAGUUCAUUGCGGACAUUCUCAGCCAAGAUGCGAAGAACUACCACGCCUGGCAGCACAGACAGUGGGUCAUCCAGGAGUACAAACUGUGGGACGGCGAGCUGAAGUUUGUGGAGAAUCUCUUGGAAGAAGAUGUGAGGAAUAACUCCGCGUGGAACCAGAGGCACUUUGUAAUUUCUCACACUACAGGAUUCUCUGAUCCAGCCAUAGCGGAGAGAGAGAUUCAGUAUUGUCUAAACCAGAUCAAGAAGGCUCCUCACAAUGAAAGUGCGUGGAAUUAUUUGAAAGGAAUGCUGCAAGACCGAGGCCUGUCUUCUCAGCCGGGUCUGCUGGAGAGGGUCCUGGAGCUGAAGGAGACCCACUGCUCACCUUACCUUCUAGCAUUUCUGUUUGACUGCUACGAGGACGCCUUGGAGAGCAGCGUCCAGAAGGAGAACGCAGAGGAGGAGGAGGAGCGAAAGGAAACUUUAAAAAAGGCUCUAGAAAUUUGUGAACUUCUGGCACAGGAGAAGGACACCAUUCGGAAGGAGUACUGGCAGUUUUUGGGACGCUCUUUAAAGAACAGAUACGGGAGCUGCGGUUCGUCUGACGAGCCAGACGUUGCUGAGUCAUCGGGCCAGCAGGAGAUCAGCUAAGCCUCCAGGAGACUCGCACCAUUUCCACUCCCUGUCCCGCUUCGUCAAUACUGUCUGCAGAGUCCACCCGUGGAGUUUGAUAUUACUGUAAAUUGCUGUAAUGUUUAUUCAUGAAGAAGUUUUAAAAAAAAAGAAAAAAAUCACAACGAACUUUAGGUCAUCUGAGGGUCUGAAAUACAUUCAGAUCUCCUUCUUAUGAAAUAGUAGCUAUGUUUUACAUCAGAAAAGGAAAGUUGGUUUCAAAGAUAAGAGAAUUAUUCAUCACCUUUUUCCAUGUUAACAGAUCAGUGAAGCUGUGUCAUACAUCAAUCAUGCAACCAGUUUAGUUCGUUUGAAUGCGUGCAUCUUUUUAGUCCUCUGAACUAAUCAAGUCCGUUCUGAUACACGUCUGAGUGCGUCUGCAAGCAAACCAAGACCCAGUUUGUUGUCCUGAGUGUUGAUAGGUUGUUAAGUUCAGAUUUGAGUAAAAAGUCUUUAAUAAUCAGGAGCUAUUUGACAUCGUUUUUAUUCUGUAUUUCAUAAAUUAGUUUGAAUUGA